CCCCAUCGCCGCCGGCGACGUCCCCUGCACCGGCGCCAUGCUCCGCCUCCGAACCUGCAUCCUCACCCAUCUCCUCUCUUCUCCCGCCACCCAUCCCGUGCCCUCUCUCCACCGCCUCCUCUCCGCCGCCGCGCCCGCCGUCUCCCCAAGCCCCCAAUUCGCCGUCGAGGACUACCUCGUCCACACCUGUGGCCUCACCCGAGCGCAGGCCCUCAAGGCCUCCACCAAGCUCUCCCACCUCAAAUCCCCCACGAACCCCGACGCCGUGCUCGCCUUCCUCGCCGGCCUCGGCCUAUCCAGCGCCGACGUCGCCGCACUCGUGGCCCGUGACCCGAAGUUUCUCUGCGCCGGCGUCGAGAGAACCCUGUCUCCCGUCCUCGCCGGGCUCACCGGCCUCGGCCUAUCGCGCUCUGAGAUCGCGCGCGUCGCCUCGCUCGCACCCCGCAGCUUCCGCUCUAGAUCUGUCGUUUCCGGGCUGGAGUACUACCUCCCCCUCUUUGGCUCCUCCGAGAGCCUUCUCCGGGGGCUCAAGAAGUACAAGUACUUUCUCUGGUCUGAUCCAGAGAGGGUGGUCAAGCCCAAUAUUGAGUUACUGCGGGAGUGCGGGCUAGGCACUUCCGAUAUUGCGAAGCUCUGCCUCGCUGUGCCAUGGCUGCUCAGCGCCAAGCCGGAGCGCGUCCAGGUGAUGGUGGCGUGCGCGGAACGUCUCGGUGUGCCCCGUGGAUCGGGGACGUUCAGGCAGGCGUUGAAGGCUGUUGAAUCCCUUAGUGAGGAGAAGCUCGCCGCCAAAGUGGAGUACUUAAGGAACACAUUCAGGUGGUCGGAUGCUGAGGUGGGCAUUGCUCUUCGUAAGGCCCCACUGAUGCUGACCAAAUCCAAUCAGACACUGCAGAGCAAGUCGGAGUUUCUUAUCUCUGAGAUGGGGUUGGAACCGGCGUACCUUGCUCAUUGCCCGGUAAUGCUCUGCCUUAGCCUGGAGGGCCGAGUCAAGCCACGGUGCUAUGUUGUAAAGUUUCUUAAGGCAAAUGGAUUGCUAGAUCGCCACUGGACCUACGGGACAAUUGUCAGGGUGUCCGAGAUAGUAUUUGUGGAGACGUUCAUAUGUCCUCACAAGGAAGCUGCACCGAACCUUGCUGAAGAUUAUGAUGCCGCAUGCAGAGGGGAAAUGCCGACUAAUUUCAGAUUUACAUGAACCAAGAACGGUCUAUGAGAAUUGGUAGCUGCAUAUGGCGCGAAAAAGUUUUCACUCUGCGUGGUAAUCUGAUGACGGAAAUGGAUGUCUGGGUGGAACCAAUUUUCUGUUGAAACCAGGACUCUGAAAACCAGAAAGCAAAAGAACUAUCCUGCAUUGUUGUGAUAUGCUUUCACGCCGAAUUUUGUCUAGCAUGUUACUUUUUCAGUUCAUCGUCUUUUUUCCCAAAAUUGUUCAGUGUAUAAUAUUUAGAUUAUGCUUCUAGAAGAUAUAUUUCUACCGGGUCUAUGUUUAUUGCCUGCCUUCUGAUUUCUUUCCUUGUAUUCUUCAAAUUCCUAAAUCCUGUACUUGACCAUACUUUUGCUGGGAAUGUUUAAAUAUUGAACAACUAACCUAUUUGGCUCUAAAGUAUGAUUAACAACUGAUUUUUUUAUAAUUUAUAUCUGCCCUUAAUCUUCAGAAUUAAAUCAGUGGAGAUGGCAUUAAUUACUCUUAUAAUAUCUAUCUACUAGUCUUGAAUUAGUCUUAUCAUAUCUACUGCAAAACUGUCAGUUCACAAAAUGAAUUUCAUCAAGUUACGGAUUUCAGACCAAAUUGUUGCUUUCAGCUAAGCUGUAAGUUGUUGUACAAACUAUCACCUUAGGCUUGUUGUCCAUCCUAGCAUAAGUGGCAAAUUGAUGUGUCUACUGAUGGAAUUCUUUGUUUUGAUUGUGUUUAAUGAUGCAAGAUGGGUAUCUGGUCUACUGUUAAAAAUCAUGAGAUGUCAUUCUUUUGAAAUCAAUGAGUCAAAGUUCUCCCCUGUUAAAACGCAUGAAAGAUGUAUUGGAGCUAAGACAGUACGAGAUCAGGCCAUUCAGCAAGUGAAUUGAGAGUAUCAGUGAGCUAUUCUCUGUACUUUUCAAGUUUGUCAAGCAUCAGCCGCCAACGAAAGCCACUCUGAUUUUGAAGUAACAUAAUCUGCUUCAGCAAGUGGCGAAUCGGAGCUCUAUGGAAUUCUUACAUAUAUCAAGUAUGAAAUGAUCUGGAUUUUGCAACCCUAAGCUCAGCAAGAGGUGCCGAAAGGAUAAUGUCUUUGAUUGGCUUAAGACUGCUCAUAUCUGUAACAUAGAUAUUUGGUGAGGUAUGAAGCGUAGGAUGAAAUAUAUGAACUGCCAAAAUCUAAACCCUGGACAAUAUAUCUUGGCUUCCAUUGGGUUUGAUGUACAUCGGUAAAUGGCUAUGUGUCUGCGUCAACUCUCCAAAGAAUGCAUCACUUGAUUUCUCCUCCAUUGUCAUGAUGAUCUAGCAGCAUGUUUGGAGAGAAAGAAUUGACAGGAUCUUCGAUCUGAAGGCAGUGAACUUAAUGGCAAUCUGUGAUCGCAUCUUAGAGGAGAUAUACACAUAAACCUGCAUUUGGCUAAGUUUGAAAGAUGGAAACCAGGGUGCAAGUCUGUGGGCUGUGGGCCGGGCACACGACCACCAGCUGCUAUUUCUUGUGGACUGCUUUAGUAGCCGCAUGUUCCCGAUAUGAACUUUAUGUAAUAUCAGUCACAGGGUGAAACUUCAGGUGACAAGGCUGGCGAAUCAUCAAGGUGCGAGAUACAUCAUGCGCUCAAGUUUUGUGUGCCAAGUGGUUCCCAGGACCAAAUCCUCACUCUGUUCAAAUAUCGGCAUGACGAGGACCACGGGAACAUCCUCUGCUGCAAAAGUUUGACGAAUCGAUCUUGUGCCCCACGUUUCAGUCACUGCCUCCAUGAGCACGGCAACUCGCCAACUUCAGUAGGGAGAUUGGCACUGGCAUGACUACUUGACUGUCGGGUAACACCCUCCAGGCAACCAUGGACCAGACCAGGUACGAAUCUGAGUUCUAUCUCCUUCAGAAGUUGCACACCUUUCAGAAUACUCCGCUGCACUCCACGGCGCUCAACAUGAAGGAUAUUUGAGACUUAUGUUUAUGUAUAGGUUUUUUUUUUAUACUUCCAUGUUGGGAUUGGUCCGGCAUCACCCCCAACAGUGCACACCCACUCUUUAUGACUAAAAACAAUUCUGGGUGCUUGUAGUGCAACAAAAGUACGCUCUACUUACGAAAUAGAACCAUUUAUUUGUCUAAGAAACAUGUUGAUUUU